AUGGCACGAACUAGAGCUACAGGACUUCGAUCUAUCAGCAUCGUUCCUCCACUUCAGGAGCCUUCAACGGCAGCUACUGAUUCUUCCAUACCAAAUCCUGAAGCUCCUUCUCAAGAACCCCCAAUUUCUAGGGUUCUGAGUUCCCCCAUCCAUGUCUCCAAUCGAUUCUCUUCUUUCCCUGUUCUUGAUCGACCUGCCCAUGAAAAUGGUAGUAGUCCUUACUUCUUGGGCACAAGAGAUCACCUAGGCCUUGUUCUUGCAUCACCUCCCCUCACAAACAAGAAUUUUCAACAAUGGAUAAGGGAUUUCAAGUUCUCCAUUCGGGCAAAGAACAAACUCCCCUUCAUCAACGGAUCUCUCCCUCAACCAGCUAAAGAUGAUCCUCUUUUCAAUCAAUGGCUUCACUGCAAUCACAUGGUAAUGUCUUGGAUUCUUCACUCUGUUUCCCCUGACAUCAAAAGUAGUAUUAUGUUCUUGGACACUGCUGCUACUAUGUGGACUAAACUCAACAGUAGGUUUGAUCAAGGCAACGGACCUAAGAUUUUUUAUCUUAGAACAUCUCUCAUCAGCCUUCAUCAAGGUGAUGACUCUGUAAGUUCCUACUUCACUAAACUCAAAGCUAUAUGGGAUGAGAUUAAUGAUUUGCGCCCUAGAAUUCCUUAUCCAUUCCCAUCUCUUUCAAAAGUUUUUUCCAUGAUCAUUCAAGAAGAGAAUCAAAGGAAACUUCGGCCAUCUCAACACACAACUUUCAUUGCUGUUGUCCCUCCAUUUGUUCCUCCUUCUACAUCUCGCGCCAAGAAGAUGCAACCUACUUGUACCCAUUAUCUCAAACCAGGGCACCUCAAGGAGAAAUGUUUUUUCCUUCAUGGAUUUCCACCGGGUUAUGGUGAUAGACGCAAAUCUGAAUCUGUCAAGACUAAUCAAGUCUCGGUUUCUACUUCUUCACCAAGUGCACCUAUCCUUCAGCCAUCUUAA